AUGCCACACACUAUCAAGAAUGUGGCCCUUGCUGGUGCUAGUGGCAAUGUCGGAGCACGGGUGCUUACUGCAUUGAUUGACCUGGGCUUCAAUGUUACAGUGCUUACGCGCACUUUUAAGCCGUUUCCGACCGCUGCGCGCGUGGAAGUUGUUGAUUUCACCUCAGUGGAGUCAUUGGUCGCUGCUCUCGAGGGACAGGAUGCAGUUAUUGACACGACUUUCUCGCCCGAGGUUGAGACCCCACUUCGACUUAUUGACGCGGCGGUCCAGGCCGGAGUCUAUCGCUUUAUUACCAGCGACUUCGGACUCGACCCUGAGCUACCGGGAAUUCAUGACCUGCCCGUUUUUGGGCGUAAGAGGGCUUCCUAUGAGGCCGUGAAAAAGCAGGCGGCGCAAAACCGCUUGACGUACACCUUGGUCGCUUGUGGAGCUUUCAUCGACUGGAGUCUCUCUACUGGUUUCCUCGGCCUGGACUUCAAGGGAAAGAAAGCCUCCAUCUAUGGGGAUGGAAACAACGUUGUUCCAUGGUCGACUUUAGAGGACGUCGGUACAGCGACCGCAAAUGUUCUUUUGCACCCAGAAGAAACUCUGAAUCGCCCGGUCUAUGUACACUCCGUGUACUUGUCACAAAAUCAGAUUUUCGCCGCGACCAAGGAGGUUGUGGGAGGUGAGGGUUGGGAGGUCAAGUAUAUGGACAUGGAACCUCUUUUGGCUCAAGCCAUGACGGACCUCAAGACCGGUAAUAUUAGCGCUGCAACAUUCGAAGUCCAAAUUCAGUACUGCCUCGCUACCAAAGCGCUUGCGCACCCUUGGGCAAGGGACGACAAUGGUCUCUUGGCAUUGAAAGAGUGGGACCAGGAGAAAGUUAAGGGACUGAUUAAGUCGAUCGCCUAG